AUGUGCAAAUCCAUAACAAUAAUCCUUUCAGUGUUGAUGGUCUGCGCUAAUGGUCGGUAUUUAAUACAAGAACAUUACAGAAGCCCAUAUGUAUUUGUUGAAGAUGGUCGCAACAUCAGAGCCUACAAUUUAGAAGAAUCUUUGUCGCAAGAUCCGCAGGAGUACAAUCUUUCGCGCGUUCGUCGUCAAGCCCAUGGAGUUUUAAGUUCGAACCCCGAUGGGACAUCAAAUUUUAUGGCGAAUGUUCCACUAACUCUUGAUGAUAAAAACAUGUUAAGUGCAGUUGGUACUGUAAGUGGAGCGUCUGGUAAAGGGGACUUUAAGGCGGCUGGUGGCGGUCUGGCUUGGGAUAAUGUCAAUGGUCAUGGCGCAAGUUUAACUGGACAGCAUAUACCUGACUUUGGAGAUCAAUUGACUGCGGCCGCAAAAUUAAAUCUGCUUCACAGCGAUAAGCAUGAUGUCACUGCUCAAGCUUUUGCAACGAGAAGCUUUCCCAGCAAUCCCAACAUUCCCAACUUUGACACAUACGGUGGCAAAGUUGGAUACACAUACGAUAACAAAUUGGGAGCGUCUCUUGGUAUGCAACACACGGAUCUUUUCAAGAAGACUGACUACUCAGCGAUGGGCAAUUACAACCUGUUCAAAGGGCGUGACUCUUCCCUUGACUUUAAUGCUGUACUGAUUGUCUGCGAUAAUGGUCGGUAUUUAAUAAAGGAAUUUGUUGAAGAUGGACGCAACGUCAGAGUUUACGACUUGGAAGAAAUUUUUUCGAAAUAUCCGCAGGAGUUUUCCGACGAAAACAAUCUAUCGCGAGUUCGUCGUCAAGCCCAUGGAACUCUUAGGUCGAACCCUGAUGGGACAUCAAAUUUUAUGGCGAAGGUUCCGCUAACUGUUGAUGAUAAAAACAUGUUAAGCGCAAUUGGUACUGUUAGUGGAGCAUCUGGUAAUGGGGACUUUAAAGCAGCGGGUGGCGGUUUGGCAUGA